AAAAAUGUCCCUGCAAGGGCGGGAGCAAGCCAACCGUGCAUAUUUGCGGAGCGGUACCCCAAUAUCUCUGGCCAUUCAUUCUAACUCCCCAUCGCUUCGUUUCCCGAUCAAACAGAGGCGGAGGCGGAGGAGGCGGUGCUUGACGGCGGCCAUCGUCAGAGGCGAUGAAUGAACCGCGUCGUCGACGUCCGGGCAAAGCUGCGCCGUCGUAUGGUGAUUUUGAUGGCUUGUUUAGUGUUCAGAUCCACCACAAGGGUUUCUUCUGUGGGAGUGAGAGCAACAAGACUUACAUGGAUUAUGAGGUUGACUGGUUUGACAUGUGUGAGAGUGACACAUGGUCAAUGUUAUGGAUCAAGGAUUUUCUUUCACAACUGGGACAUGACAUGGAAGCCUCCAAAUUAGAUGUGUAUUGGUGCCAACUAGGGAAGACCGUUGCUGAUGGGCUUAAGCUUAUGCAAUGUGAUGCAGAUAUUGUUCUUAUGAUUAUUGCAACAAUAGAGCACAAGAACCUACUGCUUGUAGUAGAUCAUGGUGAAACUUUGCAGUCAUCAGAUGAUGAUGUUUUGAUUACUGGAGUUGGUUGUCACAUCAAAACAAGAUAUAAGGGGAAUAUAUUGACAGCAGUUGGGAUUGAUCCAAAUGAUUGUAUCUUCCCUAUAGCAUUUGGCAUAUGUGAAGUGGAGUCAACACACAGUUGGGAGUGGUUUCUAGCCUCUUUGAAGGAUGACCUGAAUAUAAUCAAUACAUCAACAUUCACCAUUAUGAGUGGCAGACAGAAGGGUUUGACGAAUGCUGUGAAGAAACUUUUCCCUGAUUCAGAACAUAGGAACUAUGUUAGGCACAUUUACCAAAAUUUCCACAAAGUACACAAGGGUGAACAACUGAAGAAUGACCUCUGGGCCAUAGCAAGAUCCACUAAUGAAGCUGCCUACACCAGAAACAUGGAUAAGAUGAGAGAUCACAGCUUUACAGCAUUCAAUUGGGUUGAGAACUUGUCCCCAAGAACUUGGAUCAAAGCUUUCUUUGACCCUUUCUGCAAGUGUGAUAUAUUGCUGAAUAACAUGUGUGAGGUGUUUAACAGCUACAUUUUGGAUGGUAGAGAGUUGCCAAUUAAAUCAAUGCUGGAUUACAUCUUCUGGAAGAUUUCAAAUAGGAUGGUUGGUAAGCAAGGGAGGCAGAAAAGUGGACAGGCAGGCUUUGCCCCAAGAUACAGAAGAAGCUGGACAAGUAUGUUGAGUGGGCAAAAAAUUGCAGGGUGAGGGAGUAUGGAAGAGGUGUAUUCCAGGUUAUCUCAUUAAACAACACUUACAUUGUUGAUCUGAACAUGUUGAGCUGUAACUGCAAAAGGUGGGAAUUGUCUGGUAUACCUUGUCAUCAUGCAAUUGCUUGUUUUAGGCAUGAGAGAAUUGAGCCUGAGAGCAUGGUCCAUUCAUGCUACACUGUUGAGGAGUACAAGAAGUGUUAUGGCUUCAAUAUGAGGCCAAUGAGGGAUCCAGAGGAAUGGGAAAAGAUGCAUGGCAAUCCUGUUUUUCCACCCAUAUACACCAAAGUAAUGGGCAGGCCCAAGAAAAGUAGGAAAAAAGAUCCAGAGGAGAAGAAGGAUAAGAAAGGAGUUAGGAAGUUGACCAAGCAUGGUGUUAGCAUGCAUUGCUCUGUUUGUGGGGGCGCUGAUCAUAACAAGAAAGGGCAUUACAAACACGUGAAUCAACCACCUACCGAGGAAGCACCUGGGGAAUCAGAAGAAGAAUACGAUGAUCCAAGCAUAAUUGCUGAAAAAUUUACAUACCCUGCACCUAUGGACUUUGGUCCCCUGCCUGAGUCUAGCUUUAUUGCUAAUGCUAGGGACACAAUCCUUAUAGGCAGGGUGACAACAGCCAUGUCCAGGGGCAGGGUGAGAGGAGGAACAAGUGGAAGCAAUGCAACACGAGGAGGAAGAAGUGCAAGAAAUGCAACAAGGGGUGGUAGAAGUGGUACCAAUGCAAGAAGGGGAGGAAGAAGUGCAAGCAAUGCAACAAGGGGAGGCAGAAUAGUAAGCAAUGCAACAAGGGGAGGAACUGCUCCAAGUGCAACUAGAGGUGGCAAUUACCCAAGUGGAAGUAAUCCUCCCUGAGGAGCAAGGGCUGCUGCUCCAGGAUUCUACAACUUGCUUUUUGGAAAUGAUGGACAAAGCAGCCAGCAACCACCACUUUUUAUGCAGGGAGAAGAAGAGGUAUUUGUGAGCCAAAAUGCACCCCAAGAUGGCCUGUUUGGAGAUGGCUGGCCUCAGGACAUGCAUGAUUUCCUAUCUCUGUAGUUGGAUGACCAAGUGAUGAAGUUCAUGAAUGAACUUUUGUGUAGAAUAGUUCAUGAAUGAACUGCUCCUUUCGUUGGGGUAAAUCAGGAAAAAAGACCUUGUUCUGCUUAGGUUUACAUGACAAAUGAACCAUGCUUUUGUCAGUACUAA